AUGCAUCUGGCGCAGGUGCUGUCCGGGCAUGGCUGCUUUGGAGCGUACCUGCACCGAAUUGGGAGGGAGGAGACCCCAAAGUGCCACCAUUGUGAAGCCGAGGUGGAUACGGCAGAGCACACACUGGAGGUGUGCCCAUCGUGGGCUGAACCCCGCCGCACCCUGGUGGCAGUGGUCGGGGAUGACCUCUCGCUCCCCAGUGUGAUUGGUGCCAUGCUGGGAAGUGAGGAGGCAUGGGACGCGGUAGCCUCCUUCUGUGAGGACGUCAUGUCACAGAAGGAGGCGGCAGAGCGCUUGCGGGAGAACGACCCUCUCGCAGCACCGCUCCGCAGACGAAGAAGGGGUGGAAGACGGCGAACACAACGUCCGUCCCCAUCCGCCCCGGGGGGUGAUCAGCGGGCGACAGGCGCGAGGGUGCCACCGCCUGUAUUACAAGGAUCGCCCCUUGUGCUCCGGCUAUCAUAG